AUGAUAUUUGAGCCGAAGCACAUCAAUGUUAUCAAAUGUAUACAUGCCUCAGAGACAUCUGAGAUAUUCUAUAUCACUUACAAGGGUGCGGAGUGUUGCCUCAAAGUGUUCCAUAUGGGCGAUGACCUGGGCUUUUCAGAUGAUGGCAGGGAUCUCUGCCGUUACCAUUGUGAAUCUCAAACGUACGAAGCUCUCCGUUCUCGGGGUGUUUGCGGCAGUGGAUUUGUUCCUCUGUUUUAUGGAACAUAUGAAAACCUUGACCCUGAACCUUUUGGGAACAGCCUUGAUUCUUUUAAAAAUGACAGAAGACGACCAUCCGCAAUCUUGACACAAUACCUGCCUGGCGCGACCUCGCUUACGGCGAAGAAUGUCACUCCAGGGCUAUUGCAACAGGCAAUUGAAGGUCUUAAAGCCAUCCAUUCUGCGUGGGUCAUCCACAACGAUGCAGAGCCCAAGAAUGCUCUGGUUGUCUCUAAUAAGAUUGUUUGGGUCGAUUUUGAUGUCUCAAUCGUGUUUUUUGCGGAGAAGCGAGGGGAUCUAAAUCUCGUUGACGAGAUCGAGUCUGAAGUGGAAUUUUUCUGCAGCUGCGCUCGCAAACUCGCCAUCCCCCGAAUUACAGACGAAUUCCAUUCUUUCACAAGCGUGGGCUGGUACGGGAGCGCAUAUCUGUUGACGUGCUGCGCGUUGCAGUUGAUAUUCGGAAAGACCUAUACACUCUUCUCGGUCAAAUGGACCCUCCUGUGGAGUAUCCUGAUCUUCAAAGCGUCUUCCGCCCUGAGUGGAGCGGCUCCCAACUCGACCGGUCUGAUUGUGGGACGAGCCAUCUGCGGUGUGGGUGCGGCUGGGAUCUUUGCCGGUGUGGUGGUCUGCAUCGUUCAUGUCGUCCCUCUCCAAAAGCGUCCCCAGAUCCAAAGCAUGUUCGGUGCCCUGAUGGGGUUUUCUUCGAUCGUGGGCCCGUUGAUCGGCGGUGGCUUUACUUCGAAUGUCACCUGGAGAUGGUGUUUCCAUAUCAAUCUGCCCGUCGGGGGCGUGGCCAUGCUCGUUAUCCUGGUCUUUUUGAAGAUUCCCGACCAGCCUAUCGCCCAGGCCCCCUUGUUCAAAAAGAUCAAGCAACUAGAUAUCCCCAAGGCCAUCCUCCUGGUCCCGGGCACCGUCUGCCUUCUCCUGGCGCUGCAGUGGGGGGGCCAGACCUACCCGUGGAAUAACGGACGGGUGAUGGCCUUGUUGACUCUCGCCGGCGUCCUCUUGGUUGGCUUUUCUGCCGUCCAAGUCCUCCUCCCGGGGACCGCCACUCUGCCUCCACGGAUCUUGAAGCAGCGUAGUGUCGUGGCGGCGUGCUGGACGACCCUGACCAUCAUUUGUGGAAACUAUAUCAUCAUCUACCUCCUCCCGAUCUGGUUCCAAUCGAUCAAAGGAGCGUCUGCUUCCGAGUCUGGCAUUCGCACGCUCCCCCUAAUGAUCUCCAUGGUAGCCGGGUCCAUAAGCGGUGGCACCCUAAACACCAAAAUCGGCUACUAUACACCGCUUGCCAUCGUCGGGACAUGCCUUAUGUGCGUGGGAAACGGACUGCUCACCACGUUCGAGGUGGAUACCAGCGCGGGGAAAUGGAUCGGAUACCAGAUUAUAUACGGUCUCGGCCUGGGCUUGUCGUUCCAAGUACCCAACCUAGCGGUUAAGGCCAGUCUGCCGAAGGACGACGUGCCUACCGGGUUAGCGCUGAUGUUGUUCGCCACUCUGCUGGGGGCGUCGGUGUUCGUAUCGGCUGGAGAGAAUGUUCUCGCCAAUCAACUGGUGAAGAGGUUGGCCGGGGUCAAAGGGCUUGACGCCAGUAUGAUCACCUCCGGGGGCGCCACUUCUUUGCUCCAAUCGCUCCCGGAUGAUGUGCAUAAUACCGCUCUUGUUGCAUAUAACGAGGCGCUGAGAGAGGUGUUCCGUGUUGGGUUAAUCCCGACAUCUCUGAGUGUCAUCGGGGCUGCGUCCCUUGAGUGGAGGAGCGUGAAGAAGCCGGCAGGAAAGAUCUCUGCAAAAAAAGGAGAGAAGGAGACAACUGAGAAAGUGUGA